UGCGCAAAAUCGAGCAGUUUUUGAGCUCGGUUUUUGAAUCGGAUUUUGAUCAAAUUAUACUCAAAUUUGGAUGCCAAACUUCAGCCCUUUUGACACUGGCUGUGUACUUUUUCGAGCUCAUGGCUGCGUGCCGAGCGAGAGGGCAAAGUAUAUAUCUAUCUCUUUCUGGCAAUUCGAAUGCGUGGGAAUGCAUUUGUGUAGGUAGAUCCAAAUUUGCAAAUGUAUUGAAAAAUAUAUAACGGCCAAAAAAUAAUUUACACACAGUUGUGUGUAUCGUACGUAUUUGUUUUUUACCGUUGCCCUCAUAUUUCUCUUCACCCACACCACCGAUUCCUUUAUUUGGCGCCAACACUGUACACACCAUCCUUGCAUCUCCUCAUUCUGUCUGUGUGCCUCCAUCGAAUCACAUGUAUUUUCCUCCGCGGAGUGAUUUGUUAAAUUCGUGUUAGUAAGGCGUGUUUUAGUUGUGGUAAGUAUUUAUUUAUCAUUAUUUUUUGCUUAUAUGCCGCUGGACGAUUGAUUGCUGGUAUUGAACUGCUGUCCGUGAAGUAUGUUCCAUGCCGGUUCCGAUGUUACCAAUUGACCGCGGUAAUCAUGGAUGCGCAUAAACCUUACUUAACUUUUGCGUUGUUGCAUUGUUUCAGCAAAAUGUUUCCGGUACGAAAGGAGUCUAGUGACGACGAUGUCCCUAUUCCGACAGGCGUAUAUCGUCUGUCCGACACGGGUAUGAAGAAAAUUUCUAAUAUAUCAUAUCCGGGGGCGGUAUCCGAAAUCACCACCAGCGGCAUUGCCACAACCACAACCGUGGCAAGAACAAUCACAACUGUCGCCACAGCGGCUACAUGUGGAACGUUAACAUGGGCUACCAGCACCAUGGUAGCAAGCAGUGUCCAACGCGCUACCGCCCUUCGACCAGCUGUGCCAUUUCACCUGGAACAUUCAAACGGUCCUCCGAGAAAAAUAAUGGGACUACGUGGUCCUCAUAUCAACACCAACCAUACAACCGAUGUCCGGGACGCAGUAUCGGUUAGCGAGCUGACCACAGUUGUCCCCUCAACUUUCCCGGCCUCUCCAGCCAUCUUAACAACUGGGUCGUCGUUUGCACCUGUUCGGCGAGGUGCCACCUUUGCAUCAGCGGUGCAGCGUAGUGCAACCACUACGGCGGCGGUGCAGCGUAGUACAACCGCUACAUCGGCGGUGCAGCGGAGUGCCACCGUUGCAUCGGCAGUGAAACGCAGUGCUACCACUACAGCGGCGGUGCAGCGUAGUGCUACCGGUACAGCGGCGGUGCAGCACAGUGCUACCGCUACAGCGGCGGUGCAGCGGAGUGCUACCGGUACAGCGGCGGUGCAGCGGAGUGCCAUCGUUGCAUCGGCAGUGAAGCGUAGUGCUACCUCUACAGCGGCGGUGCAGCGUAGUACUACAGCUACAGCGGCGGUGCAGCGGAGUGCCACUGUUGCAUCGGCAGUGCAGCGAAAUGCCAUCGUUGAAACGCCAAUCCGGCGGGCAUCAGCGGUCGCUUCGCCAGUCCGCUACGAUAACCAGCCAGUUCCUGCUGUAUCACCUGUCCCAUCCACCAGCAAGAACCGGUCGGGGGUAAUUCGACGUUCGAAGGCAGCUAGUCCUCUACGGUCAACCGCUACUCAUUUGGGUACGGCUUCCAAUCGCACAGAUCCCGUCUCUACUCCACCCCGAGCCACAGUCACCGCCACCGACUAUCCUGGUGUCGAUCCUUCGACUGAUGUGCGGCAGCAAAUAUCGCACCUAUUUCAAUACGUAAAACGACGGUUUGACGAUAUCGAAAACACCCUCCAGGCACACAGCGCAACUCUGAAUAAGGAGAUCCCCGUCAUCCGUAAGACAGUAUUGACGACGGAGGUGGUUGUGAACCGGAUCAGAGCAGCGGUGUGUGCCGACAAGGAGGGGUGUGCGAGGUCUUUGCCGGACGAGUUUACGCUGCAACCCAUCAGAUCGAAGGACGAACUCGACAACAUGGAGCGGAAGUUGGCUGACAAGGAGUAUAUGCGGCACUGUGUGUCGUGGCUCAAAUGUGAGGUGAUGUCGCCGUAUUCAAUGAAGCGGUUGAACCAAGCAAGGGACUUGCUUUUUUCAAAGACGUUCAUGCCUUCCUGCAGGUGGACAGCCAAGAACGGGAAAAUACCGCUAAAAAAUUAUCCUAACAUUGUAUCACUAAUGGAAAAAGUUGGUAGCACGGACGACAUGGUAGUGAAGGAAGGAUUUAUAAAAAAAUAUUUUAUUUUGAAAUUGCGCUACGCCGCAGCACGCGUUCCUGAGAACGAAGAAUCCGAAGAAGAAAACGAAGAACAUCACCUGAACUUAGCAGAUGUUGAAGCUCUUGAAGAUCACGAAGAUCUGAAUUUGGAUUUGAAUUUGUAAAUAGUAGAUAUGUAGUUUCUUGUCAUAUUUUUUUAAAAUUAGUAUAGUAUAGUUAGCAUAGUUGUAAAUAGUAGUAUAGGUUUUGGUUAAAUUGAAUUAUGAAGAAUUCAUUAUAGUUUGUUAGUAGUAUUAGUUUAGGUGUGUCCGUUUGGUGAACUGUAUAAAAAUGAAUUAAAUUAUUACAAAACAUGAACUCAGAAGAAGAAUAUACCGAACUUAAAAUCCAAAA